CAUUCCUAUCCCAUCCACGGAAAUAGACUACAGUUUUAUGCAAUUACACAAAACACAACACGAACAGGAUCCAUGGAUCAUUACUCCACAUCAAUUCCUGGAUAUAAAUAUGUCGACAAAAAAAAGGUCCGUCAUCGGACUGGCUGCGACCCUGCAGAUGUAUAAGAAAACCAUAUUUACAGGAAUGAGGAAGAGAAGGCCAGGUUGUGCAAAGUAAGAAGAGACGUCAUGAGCUGCAGAUGUUCGUCCUCCAAGCUGGCAUCCCAGCUUGGUCCAUGUGCGUAGGGUAGGAACCCUUGCAUUCGCCCCCCCCCAGUAUUGAAAUUGGACCAUGUUCAUGAGCAAAGCUUUAAUAUUUUUUUACAGGGCGCUACCCGGUUCCCAGUUACAGAUCACUGAUGAUCCUGGCUCUCAAAUAGUUCUUAUCUGUUGCCUAUCCGUAUCAGUGAGGUCUAGUAUACCGAAUCGCCCUUUCACUCAAUGAUGACAUGUACAUGAAUCGUACAUCGACUACCAUCCAUGUCGCCACCCUUCUGCUGGC